GGAGAUAUGUAUGAGUUCAGUUAGGCGCGCGCUUUUGCAUCGGUCAGUUGUAUACGGUCGCGUUUAUACAAAAUGUUUUGGCGUUUGGAGGGAUUUCCUUCACUCUCGAGUGCGGUCAUAGUCUUGGUCCUUUUCAUAUCCUUGUGUAGUGCGGAACACUGGCCUUACGAUGACUACGAUAUUCAAGGCGGUGAAGUUGAGACUGAAAACGAAGCACCCACGAACAACAAUCGCUUAUACAAUAAUCCAGCUGGCACUGUGAUUCAACAAUUUCCCAGAUCUGGGUUUCAACCAGCGCGUUCAGAUGAGUUGAUUGUGCCAGGUUUUGGCGUAGUUCGCGGAAAAGUUGGCUACAAGAAUAUAAAGGGGAGAUCCAUUAACUCCUAUUUGGGCUUAAAAUAUGGAGUAGUACGUCCUGGUUUGGGCCGUUUUCAACAAGCCACUGUUUAUAAACACUACAAUAAUGAACCAAUUGACGCAACACAAGUGGCACCAAAUUGCCCACAGUUUCCUGAUUUGAAGAUCAUAACAGAUUCGGAAGCACGUCGUGAAAAUGUUGACGAUUGCCUCUCACUAAAUAUUCAUGUACCAACCAAUGUAAUUCGGCCGGAGCAGCGAACUCGAACUCGUCUCUUACCUGUGAUGGUCUAUGUGCACGGGGAAAUGCUAUUCGAUGGCGGCGCUGAAGAAGCCCAACCAGAUUAUUUCAUGGAAAAAGAUGUUGUCUUGAUAUCAAUAAAUUACCGUCUUGCGCCAUUUGGCUUUCUUACAACUCUGACAAAUGAAAUGCCUGGAAAUAUAGCGCUCGCCGACUUACAGUUGGCGCUAGAAUGGAUCCAACAAUACAUACGUGCCUUUGGAGGCGAUCCGCUCCAGGUGACCCUAUUCGGUCAGGCGGGUGGAGCAACUUUAGUACACGCUCUAAGUUUAAAUGACAAGGCGCAAGGUCUGUUUCACAGGUUAAUACUGCAGUCAGGCACUGUCUUGAACCCAUUGUUUUUGGAUCAGGAUGCUUUAUCAACAGCGCGCAGUUUUGCUCGUUUAGCACGUUGUCCACGCACGAGCACCCAAGAAGUACAAAAUCUUCAUAGUUGUUUUGAGCGUUUAAGCACCACUGAAGUUCUGGAAACAAUGAAACGGCAUUAUGAAGAAAACGAACCUCGCGGUUUGCAUUUCAUGGGAGGUUUCAAAUUAACUGUCGGAGACAAUCUUGGUUAUCUGCCGGUACACCCUGCGGCAUUGGUGUCCAAUCGCACAGUUCCUAUGAUAAUCGGGGUGGCGAAAGACGCUGGAUCCUUUAUUUUGACUAGUUUUUUCGAUGAAUUAGCGCGUUUGCGUUCAAAUAACAUAUCCGACUACAUAAAUAUUGUGUUGAGACACACAGCACAGCCGCACGAUUAUUUAGUAUGGAAGAAUUUGGCAAUGCGCGAAAUCUUUAAUGAAGAGGAAUUACGUAAUCCCACUCUACGCGCUUUAGUUCCGGGCUUAUUAGAGCUUACCAAUUUGAUUUUAUACCGUGGUCCAGUGAUCGAUACAAUUCGAACUAGUUACAAGAAACUUCCAACAUAUUUAUAUUCUUUCGAUUAUCGUGGUGAAUAUCAUCGAUUCGGUCAUUUGAAAAACCCACUUCCAUACGAAACUGACGCUACGCUUAGCGAUGAUAACAUUUAUCUUUUCCCAUAUCCGGAGGAAGUGAGCAUUUUAAACGCAAAAGACCGCGCUUUAUCACGCGAACUGGUCACCAUGUGGACCGACUUUGCUACGUAUGGUGUGCCUCAUCCAGUCAAUGGCGUCUGGCCCAAUGUCACGAAUGGAAUAGGUCCAUUUUUGAGAAUUGUCAAUUUUAAAGCUUCAACAUUGGAAUUGGAUUAUCAUUUUGGAGAUGGUAUUCCAGUACCAAAUUUAUAUCCUGAGUACUUUACAAGCACAACAACUACAACUACGACAACCACUACAACCACAACUCAAAGACCAUAUUUAAAUUAUCCCCAAUAUGCGAAUUACUACCCACAAUAUAACUCCAAUUAUAGGCAAAACUAUCAGCAGCCAGACAAUUAUCAUUAUAGGUCACGAACAACAGUCCUAAAUGGAGCGGAUCGUUCACGACCCUCUGGACGUGAAAGCCAAUAUUAUCCUUAACUUUGAAAUGUAAAUUUCAUUAAAAAUUUAAUUCAUUCUAAAUUUAAUAAAAAGAUAAUUGUAACAUAAA